AUGCCUUCAAUCAAGCUUCACGUUGGUGUCUGCGGAGGCGGCAUGGGUGGGCUUGCAGCCGCCAUCGCCAUCGCACGAACAGGUGCUCAAGUCACGUUGCUCGAGGCGGCACGAGAACUGGGCGAAAUUGGUGCCGGGAUCCAGGUGUUCCCCAACGUGUCUCGUCUGCUCAUUCGAUGGGGAGUUGACGAAUUGAUUGGGGACAACCUCAUAACCGUGGACGAGGCGAACACAUGGGCAGCUGAUGGAACACUGCUGGCUCAUUUUGAUCCGAAGCAAGGUGCAAAGCAAUCGGGCUUUCCUCAUUGGUUGCUUGUGCGUAGAGACCAUCUGCAUGCCGGACUCACAGAGUCUGCACGUCGGCAUGGCGUGAACCUCGUCGUGGAUUCGCGUGUGAACAAGUUGGAAUACACGAAGGAGAGUGUCAAGGUCACUACCACCCAGGGUGUCCACCACGAAUUCAACCUCUUGAUCGGAUCAGACGGUAUCAAAUCCUUCAUCCGACAAACACUGUUUCCCGAUGUGGUGCCCAAAGCUGCUUCGACCGUUGCCGCCUUUCGAGGCAUUCUGUCGUAUGGGGAGGUCUUCGCCAAAGUACCGGACGCGCGACAAUUUCUGAGGAACACGAUGGAUGGCUUGAUUGGACCCAACGGUUACAUCUUACUAUAUCCUCUGUCAGCUGGCAGGGAAUUGAACGUUGUGACCCUGUUUCAGAUGGAUCGGGUUGUCAGAACACCAGAGGACGUCGAUAUCAAUGAGUUCCGCAAUCUGUACAAGGACUGGAAUCCGACUGCCCGCAAAAUCCUCGAGCUUGUCAAUUAUACCCAGAAGUGGCCGCUCCUUGUCCUUCCGCCCAUGAAGACUUGGUCGAAUGAUCAUAAGAACAUUGUUCUCCUCGGAGAUGCAGCCCACGCAAUGCAAAACCAUAUGGCGCAAGGAGCAGCGACGGCCAUGGAAGAUGGCGCGUUCCUCGGCACUGUUAUUGGCGAUGUUGUGCGUGGGAAUAUUAGCUUGACUGAAGCUAUCGAGCUCUACGAGAAACAAAGAAUCCCACGAGUCUGGGUCAAGCAGCAGGCAUCAUUCGUGUCUGGAGCUAUCAAUAUGGCCGUUGGAGAAGAUGCUGCAAGACGAAAUCGGGCGUCCGCUCCAGAGGUCAAGGCCUGGGGUUGCAAUGUUGUUCAGCCCAGCAAUGAAUUGCCCCCGACGUACAAAUCAUGGCAGAUGUAUUGUACCCCUGCGAGUGUCCCCGGCAUAUUGUAUUACGACGCCGAGGGAGACGCUGAUAACGCAGUGUGUGAGUAUCUGCAGAAAAAGACGGCCGUGGACGAGGUGACGUUGGUCAGUAAAGGCCUAUGGGAGAAGUGGUGGGGUGUCAUCGAUAACAACGGCCUCGAGGGAGCCUAG